UUGGGUGGUUUGUAACAUACACCACAACGGUACACCGUAAUACAAGUACAAUACAAUGUUUACAAGGUUUAGGGUAUAGCCAUAGAUUUAUUGUAUAACACUGCCACCUUUUGACUUGGUGUUAGAACUGCACACUAGACUUUUUUUUUAUACUGAAUGCAGCCGGUGACAUUCCAGACUAAUUCACAAUAAUACUAUUUCAUAAUGUAUUCAAAUACCAGGCACAUUAAUUCAUGAAGCCAAUACAAUGUUUUGUUUCUAAAUUUUACAGCCAAAGAUCUGUAAACACCAGAGUGUGUGAUUGUAAGUGAUGUCCUUUCUACAGUAUUCUACAGUCAGUUCUACUGAGCAACUCUUAAAAUAGCUCAACAUUAAAGAUCAUCAUAUAUCCAACACCAACUCCUACAUGUAAGAGCCUUUAAAAAUUCGGGAUGUUUGCGGGGUCGGCAUCUAAUCUUUGAAGGUCCAUAAUCUUCAUGAGGUGGGACACAACUGGAGCUGGUGCACCUUCAGGAUUUCUCAGGAUGGGUAGAGAAAGAAAAACAGUGGAGAGGAAUUAGCAUAGCUGCUGUUUAUAACAGCACAGUGAAAUUCUUAUUCAUAUCCCAAUUAUAUCCCAUAUCCCAGUUAUGAAAAGCUUGGGUCAGAGUGCAGAGUCGGCCAUGAUACAGUGCUCCUGGAGCACAGAGGGUUAAGGGCCUUGCUCAAGUGCUCAAGAGUGGCAGAUUGGCAAUCAGUUACACAGAGCCUGGGUUGAGGUUGAGGUUGAGAGUAACCUCAAUCAAUGUAACAAUUAAAAUAAAACCACUUACUACAAUUUCUCAUAUCCCAGCUUGUCAGGAGGCUGGGGUCAGAGCACAGGGUCAACAGUGAUACAGCACCCCUGGAGCACAGAGGGCUAAAGGCCUUAUUUAAGGGCCCAAAAUUGGCAGCUUGGUGGUGCUGGGACUUAAACCCUUAAUCUUAUGAUCAGUAAACCAGAGCCUUAACCACUGAACCACCAUUGCACUUAACGAUAGAAAAGAAAAGAAAAAAAAACACUCCCUGAGUUGACUUUUGAGUUGACAUAACUUUUGACCUAAUUUUUUUUAACUUUACUAAAGAAAGGAAAACAGUUACAUGUUAUAAAAUUGCAAGAAUAUCAAAAAGAUGACAGUUAAUAGUCUUAAGGGCCUUUGGACUUGCUUUAAGUAGUGAGAAUGUCCAGGUGGGAUUUAAGUUCUUUGACCUCAUGUGCAUGGCUGGUGGGUCAGACAGCAUUUUUUUAAUUUUUGCACUGGCGUGACGUCACAUCCUGUCUGUGAGGUCAAAACCUCUCUCAAAGUCCGCCAUUUCAGCUCGAGAGUAGCUGGAAUAGUUGAGCGAAACAAGUUAUAUUGUAACAAAAAAGUUGGUUUAUAGAAAGAAAGCGCGUUUGCAAGUUAGUUCCUGCUACUUUUAAGUAUUGUUUUAUUCAGAAAGCGGAUGUGAAGUGGUGGAACAAAGCGGCCCGAUGGUGUUUUGUGUUUACCGAGCAGGAGCUUUCUGUGGGAGCUGAAGUUUUUGUGCGAGUUCUGGAUCACGGAUUGGACCGAGGCCUGAAAGAAAGCCUUUGGGUUGGACUGGGAAUUCCGCCAUGGCUGGUCACUUUGACGCCGAGGACCGGGAUAGCUGGUACUGGGGACCUAUGAACCGUAAAGACGCGGUGUCGAAGCUGCAGGGACAGAGGCACGGAGUGUUCCUGGUCAGGGACUCGACCACCAGUAAGGGUGACUAUGUCCUGUCCGUGUCUGAGAACUCCAAAGUCUCGCAUUAUAUCAUCAACAGCUGGAGCAACAAUCGACAGUCUGGAACAGGUCUGCCUCAGUCUCGAUUCCGGAUUGGCGACCAGGAAUUCGACACACUUCCAGGCCUGCUGGAGUUCUACAAGAUCCACUAUCUGGACACCACAACGCUCAUUGAACCCGUCGCGGCACGUUCCAAGCACGCCAGUCUGAUUGGACCAGGGCCCACGGGCGUCCCAGCGAGGCAAGACGAGGCCGAGUACGUGCGUGCGCUCUUUGACUUCCCGGGAAACGAUGACGAGGACCUGCCAUUCCGCAAAGGCGACCUGCUGCGCGUGCUCGAGAAGACCGAGGAGCAGUGGUGGAGCGCUCAGAAUUCCGACGGACGCAAAGGCUUGAUUCCUGUGCCCUAUGUGGAGAAAUACAGACCCGCUUCGCCGACCAGUGGAGGUCCUGUAGGGCAUGUAGUGUCUGCUGUCAGUGCGCAGGAUGAGAACGGAGCUCCGGUUCCUGGCAAGCUGGACUACGCCCAUCCUGUGGUUAACACUCAGCUGCCUAACCUCCAGAAUGGGCCUGUAUACGCUAGGGCCAUCCAGAAGAGGGUGCCUAAUGCAUAUGACAAGACUGCUCUUGCACUCGAGGUGGACGACUUGGUGACUGUAACGAAAAUCAACGUAAAUGGCCAGUGGGAAGGCGAAUGCAAGGGCAAGAAAGGCCACUUCCCCUUCACACACGUUCGCCUGCUUGACCCGCAACAGCCCGAGGAAGAGAGCUGAGACCCACACACCGACACACACUCUACUGAAGUUCUUAACCUGUUUUUGUGUCCACUCCAAAAUUGCUAAAUCUAAAAUCCAGACCUGGCUGCAUCAGUAUUGGAUGAUCCCCAUGCUGCAAAAACCAGUGAUCUUUUCACUUCACAGUCACAGUCUUUAAAAAAGUAAUCGUGCAGCAUAAACAUCUGCACUACAGAGCGCCAAGUAAUGAAAUCCAUAUGUAGGCACAGGUUAGUUAUUACAGUGCCUGGCAAAUUAAUUCAUGUGUAGUAGAAACGUUUUGGACAAAGAGAUGGACUACCGCAAGCCUGCUGCAGGAGACCGAGAGAGACUCUUUUGCACAGCUCUCAUCUAAGCAACGCCCUGGUGUGUUAACAACGUUACCAGUCACCUGCUGUGCUGAGAUAUAGGUACUAUGUUGAUGAGGAAAAAUAUAGUUGUGCCAUCACAAGUUUUUCUAUUUUAACAACCUACUUUUGGAUUAUUAUUAUUAUUUUUUUUUUUUACCAGUUACAUUAGUAUUUCAUUUUUCGUUACAUUAGUAUUUUACCCUUUUUAUAAUUCCUGAUUAGUUUUUGAUUCGCAUUUAAUUCUGAUCCUUUCGGGAUUUUUUGUUUGCUAAUAGGAAAUUGUCUGAAAGGACUUGAAUUUCUCAAGAGAUGUUUAGACUUUACAUUCCAUGCUUUUUUUUUUUUUUUUUUUUGGGUACAUUUGCAGGAAUGGGAGGACUCAGGAUACCCCCCCAAAUUCAUAUUCCAAAUUUAUAUCUGUUUGCCAGUUUCUGCAUUUGUCCACGUAAUUUUAGGUGCCAAAAGCAAACAAUGCAGAGACUAUGCAGCUUGAUUAUGUGCAAGUGCUUUCAUUAACUAAUACUGUUGUUAAUUUUAGCUCUAAAAUUGUUCUACUCUGUUGACACUCCUGAAAAAGGUUUUUAAGCAAGUGAAAAGUAAUAUUAAACAUCUUAUUUCAAAUUUUCUAUCAGAUUGUAUAACAAAACUAAGCUUUUGCCAUGAACAUAACCAUAAAAGUUGACAUGUCGCUAAAAAAAAAAGAAAGCAAAGACUGUUGCUUUAACUUUAAUCACAACUAUCGCUUUUUUCCAGAAACACUCCCAUUUAAAACUGACCAUCUCCAUUAACUCCUGCAGAAACACUGACCAUCCCCAUUCGCUCCCUCAGAACCACUGACACCCCCAUUCGCUCCCACAAAACCACUGACAUCCCCAUUUGCUCCCACAGAACCACUGACAUCCCCAUUUGCUCCCACAGAAAUGCUGUUCAUGCCCUUUCAUUCACAUAGAACCUCUGGACACACCCAUCCACUUCCACAGAAACACUGGCUACGUCCAUUCACUGACUCCAAAAUAAACAAAGCUCAACUCCAUUAUAUCUGCUCACUAUCAUAGAUAUUGUCGACACCCACCUGCUUCCUCAGAAACCAGCCACGCCCGCUCAUUUCCGCACAGGUUGUGCCUUCGCUCCGUGUCUCCAGACAUUCACUGAAACAGAAACAGACUGCUUUGCCUCGUUUCCCUAAAACAUUUGGACUAAAACUAACCUUCUGACCUCUUGCAUGUCUGCACCAGUUAAUUUUCAUUGCAUUUCCCUGUCAGACUAAACACUGUAAUGCUUCUAGGCUUCAUUAAGGACCCUUCUGAGGGACCCUGCAGAAAUAUGAGUCUAAAGAAAGGCAGUACAGAUUGACACAGACAGGUGGAGCAUGUCUGGUCUCGCUGCUAUCUUGCUCCUGUGCUUUCUGCUGAGUAAGUGACACAAAAAGACCAGCACGCGUGUUAGACCUCACAGUUGUUUUAUCAACGUUUAUUGUAAAUUUUCUUUUUCUUUUUUUUUUAUAUAAAACCUGGGAGUUUGGUUGGAUUACAUACUGACUGAUCAGGAACGGUUCAUUAAAUGCUCAGGAACUUCUAGGAACUUUAAGCUUUAAACAUGGGGCUUCCAUUAGUUGAAGAUGUUUAAAUAUUACUAUAUGAUGUCUUCUUCGAGGGUAUUUGUGUUGUUAGAAUCAUAACAUUAAGAAUAUUGAACUGAAAUCGAAUAUUGUGGUUGAGGAAAGAGCAGAACGGCGUACGAUUCGACUUUUUAAAAAUGCGUAUACUCUAAAUUCCCAAUAGGCUUUUUUAAUUUUUUUUAUCGAAUACAGAUUUUGAAAAAAACUUUACAGGACUCCUAUGAAUUAUAAAAUCCAUGUAUAAACUUUCGCAACCAACCUUACAUUUCUAGUGGCAUUAUUCUAACCCCAUAGUCAGUCCUUUUUUUUUUUUUUUUGUUUUUUUUUUUUCCUCCCCCUAAAAGGAGGCAGUUUAUCCAUCCUUUUACAGACUAUAGAAAGACAAUAACAUGCAUUCCUUACAUUAGCUAUGCUCACUGAUGGAAACACAGUAUUGAAGCAUCAAGUGUGACUUUAUGUUUAAAUAGUGUUGUCAUUUCCUGGUACAUCUUCAUCACAGACUUUCCUCGAAAUUUCGGUGUUUGGCAGUGCUCUAUAUUCCAGUGUAUUCCAACUCUAUUAAUUCUGUACAGUAUUGUCAUUCGGGGCACUACAGAGGUUUUAUAUGGUUGCGUUGGUGCAACGUCAGGUACCUUUAUGACUAAUGUGUGUUUAACCGAAACGUCUCAAUGCCAUUAUUAACACCGACUCUCAGACUUUUUCUCGAUAUGUGUAAUUGUUUGCUCGAGUGCAACUCUAUAAGUCUCAUGUUAUUGUUAUUAUUGGUAUUAUUACAUAAUACAGAAUGUAGAUUGUCCCGAAUAAUAUUAUGGUGUUUUUAUUUUUUUUAUUUUAUUUUUUUUUAUAUAUAAAUUGGAUAUAGAGUACUAAUUGCCUCCUGUUGUACUGCCACUUUACAUAGUGGUAUAAUGACUAUGGGGACGAUGUCAGAAACAGUAUUGAAACUAGGUGUUGGAUGAUCGCAUUAUGAUAUCGCAAUAGAUAAGCAUCAGGCUAUCUAUCUAGAUCUAUCAUAUAUAUAUAUAUAUAUAUAUCUCUGUCUGUCACACACUUUUGGCUGUUUUUAAGUUCCCUGGUUUCCAUGCUUUAGUUUUUUUGUACAUUUUGUAAUGUUUUUUGUAAAUAUUUGAAAAUGUACGCACGGUGCAGAUUCUAGUGUUAAUGCUUUGUUAGACAAACCUCAGCAGAAUCAAAUGCAUGCUCUUUAUUGUGUGAAAAGAAUCAUGGUACAAAUUGUUUUUGCUCAGUCCCUAAUAAGUACACAGAGGUUUUGUUCGUCACAUCAGCUUUUUAAACCACUUAUUGAAAUUGCAAUGACCAAGUGUUGAAUUUUUUUCUUUUAUUGCUUUUGUAUAUUUGAGAUGGUGGGUUUUUAUUUUAUUUUCUAUGAAUAUAAAUCUUCUUUCUGAAAUGGACAUGUAAUAAUGCUUUUCUCUGAUUGGUAUAAGGUUGAUCAGUAUUCAUUCUCUAUACCACUUUGUUGUUUUUUUUUUUUUUUUUUUUUUUUACAUAUUAUUUACUUUUUGGAGUUCAGGCUCUUUGUGCUUCCGUUGUACUGAUUAAAAAAAAACCGAAAGGGUGGGUACUGAACUGAGAAGCGAAUAAUUUAUCAAAACUUUCUUUUACUGCAUUUAUAAUAAAUACUUGAUGACGCACACCCAUUUUUAUGGAAUAAGAAAGAGGUUCUCCAGCUUCAACAAUUAAAAAAUGGGGGGAAAAACGAUGAAAGUGUCUUGGAAAUGCCAUUAAUGCGUUUUAUUAUACAGUUUUUAUUACAUUUACAGCAUUUUAUCCUUAAAUGUGGUAAAGAAACGUUUCAUUUCAGGAGGUCUGUAAUUCACGCAAGUUCAUUAUGUACAGAUUUGUUCACCACACUGACUUGUGGUAUUGUGCACCUUACCUCCUUAAUCAAAACCUUUUUUUAUGUAUAAAUAUACCUAGAAUGCUUUGCUUCCGUUUUGUUUUGCAUGGAAGAUUGAUAUUUUCUAUUUACUUUAGAUCUUCAUACUAUGGGCCAUAUAGCGUGUUACUAUACUUAGUAAAUAAAGUGUAUUAUCAGA